UUUCUCCUCCCCUCAGCUCGAAGACACCCACUCUCUCCUUCGCAGGCCCCGAACAGAGGCGGAUUCCGUCUCGAGCUCGAUCGGUGGCAUGCUAUGGUCGUUGCAUUUCCGGUUCGCGUGAGAUCGCAAUGAAUUAUUUGUAUGGGGCAUUUGGCCCCCCCUGCAGUAUAUCUAUUGAUUUCGCUGACGCCGAGACGCGCAAGCAGGCGAGUGUAAAGAAAGAGAAUGGGCAAACAAUCAUGGUUCCUCUUUUUCUGGGGCAAGAGAGCGUUUUUGGCGAGGUGCGAAUCGAUCCCUUGCCUGGCAAAAAAGUUGAGCAUACAGGAGUGAAGAUCGAGCUCCUAGGGCAAAUUGAGCUAUAUUUCGAUCGGGGCAGUUUCUACGACUUCACUUCCCUCGUGAGAGAGCUCGAUGUUCCUGGUGAAAUCCUGGAGCGCAAGACGUAUCCCUUUGAAUUUUCUACCGUUGAAAUGCAGUAUGAGUCUUACAAUGGUGUCAAUGUGAGAUUGAGGUACAUACUGAAGGUUACGAUCAGCAGGAGUUAUGCCACCAACAUUGUAGAAUAUAAGGAUUUCUGGGUGCGGAACUACUCACCUCAGCCCGAGAUCAACAAUAGCAUCAAGAUGGAGGUGGGAAUCGAGGAUUGCUUGCAUAUUGAGUUUGAAUACAGUAAGAGCAAAUACCACCUGAAGGAUGUGAUUGUGGGCAAAAUCUAUUUUCUACUUGUCCGAAUCAAGAUCAAGCACAUGGAGCUUGAAAUAAGAAGGCGAGAGUCUACUGGAUCAGGUCCUAAUACUUACAAUGAGAGCGAGACCCUAGCCAAGUAUGAAAUCAUGGACGGUGCUCCUGUCCGAGGGGAGUCCAUACCAAUCAGGUUGUUUUUGAGUCCUUAUGAUUUAACUCCAACCUAUCGGAAUAUCAACAAUAAGUUCAGUGUUAAGUAUUACCUCAAUCUGGUCUUGGUUGAUGAAGAAGACCGGCGAUACUUCAAACAGCAAGAGAUUACCAUGUAUCGAGCAGAAUAGAGAGUAACCUGAACAAUUCUACGUUUGAAAUAUUCUGACGCUUCCAUGAUUCGGGCCCGAGUCUCUCCACAUGCUUCUCAUUGGCGCAAGUAGUGAUUCUUUAUUAUUGCGAAGGAGGGACAUCUGGAUUUACACAUCUCCGGGCCUCUUGCAGAUGCUUUGCUGCUUUUGAGAGAUCUGUCGGUUUUGUACAAUUCUCUAGCAUUGUUCAAUUCUCAAGGUUGAGAAGAGAUCUGUGCUGUUGGAAAAAUCUAACAAUAUCAAUUUGUGGUAGGUCAUUAGAUGUACUGUGUAUGCCCUCAUGCACCAAGUUUCACAUUGUAAGUACGCGUUUAGCAUUUAAAUAUGGAGUUAAUAUUAGUGGUUUUCAUUCGAUGUUGGUUAACAGGAGCAUGUAACAUUAACUACUGGCACCAAUUUUGCCACUGGUUCAGUUUUCAAUUGGUACAGAUAAUCAGGGCAUGCAGGAAGUCAUAAUUUUGGGAACUUGAUUUUGUUUUAGUUGCUA